AGGACGGACGCCCAUGUGAGAAUGGCUGUGACUUUGGAAGAAGCUCCGUGGCUGGGCUGGAUCUUGGUGAAAGCCCUGUUGAGGUUUGCCUUCAUGGUCGCCAACAACCUGGUUGCUCUUUUAUCCUACCUCUGCUAUGUAAUUGUACUUCAGCCCCUUCGACUGCUGGACAGUAAGCGGUUCUGGUAUAUUGAAGGAUUCAUGUAUAAAUGGCUUUUAGGAAUGGUGGCUUCUUGGGGAUGGUAUGCUGGAUAUACAGUGAUGGAAUGGGGGGAUGAUAUUAAAGCGGUUUCCAAAGAUGAAGCAGUAAUGUUGGUGAAUCAUCAGGCAACAGGAGAUGUAUGCACUCUGAUGAUGUGCCUCCAAGACAAAGGACUGGUUGUUGCUCAAAUGAUGUGGUUGAUGGACCAUAUUUUUAAGUAUACAAACUUUGGAAUUGUUUCUCUGAUUCAUGGAGACUUCUUUAUAAGACAGGGAAAAUCACAUCGUGACCAGCAGCUUCUUCUUCUCAAAAAGCACCUAGAAAAUAACUAUAGGAGCAGAGAUCGAAAAUGGAUUGUUUUGUUUCCAGAAGGGGGCUUCCUCAGGAAGAGGCGAGAAACAAGUCAAGCAUUUGCCAAGAAAAAUAACUUGCCAUUUCUUACACAUGUCACUCUGCCAAGGAUCGGGGCAACAAACAUUAUUUUGAGUGCACUUGUAGCACGACAGGAAAAUGGAAGUCCAUCAGAAGGAGACGCUAAAGAAUUAGAGAGCAAGUCAAAAGGCCUCCAGUGGAUAAUAGAUACAACUAUAGCUUAUCCCAAAGCUGAACCCAUAGAUAUUCAAACCUGGAUCCUUGGAUACAGAAAACCAACAGUCACACAUGUACAUUACAGGAUCUUUCCAAUUAAAGAUGUACCCCUGGAGACUGAUGGCCUCUCUGAUUGGCUCUAUCAACGUUUUAUUGAAAAAGAGGAACUCUUAUCACAUUUUUAUGAAACAGGGGCUUUUCCACCUCCCAAGGGCCAUAAGGAAGCUGUUUCCAGGGAGAUGACCCUCAGCAAUAUGUGGAUAUUCCUCAUACAGUCCUUUGCAUUUUUGUCAGGCUAUAUGUGGUAUAAGAUCAUUCAGUAUUUUUACCAUUGCCUGUUUUAG